UUCAACUAUAUAAUAACCGAUCUCAACUCCGCUGCGGCGGUCCUUUUUGGACGGAAACCUAGACGUUUACCGAAGCUGUAUGUAUGCAUCAAUACCGGUUAAUCUCUCCAUAGAUUAUCCAUGGAAGACAAAGAAACAGAGUUCCUCUGUAAACUCACAGCAAACCAUCUCUUUUUAGCCCAAUUCGAGCCACUUCGGGCGACUUUACGUAGUCUCCGAGUCCGAAGCCCGGAGCUUGCCCGAUCAAUUUUGCAAACAAUUGUAGCCAAAGGUGGCCGCUUCGACUCAGUCCUCUGGUCUCACCAUUCCUGCCCUUCCCCAUCCCUCCUCGCCUUUUUGUCAACCCUCGAACUUUUGCAAUUCAAUGAACCCGUUCUGGGGCUCUGGUCGUUCGACGAAAAUAGCUUGAAAUUGAGGGCUGAGUUCUUGUUGUAUGUGCAAAUUGUAAGUUACAGGGUGGUGGAGAGUGUUAAAAAGCAUGUAGAGUUGAAUGGAAUUCAGGGAAUUGAAGGCGGCUUUAGAAAUUUCAAUAUCCCGGUUGAGUUUUUGGCGAAAGAGGACGGUUUUAGGAUUUUGGACGAGGAAAAUGGUAAGUGUUUGUGGGUUUUGGAUAGGAUUUCUAAUGUGGGUUUGAGCCGAUUGAGGCCGGACAUGAUGGUAGUAGAGGGAGAGGAGGAGAGGGAGGGGGUUGCAGAAUCUGUUGAGGAGAUUGGGGAAGAGGAAAUGAUGGUUUUGAAGAGGGUAAUUUUGGAAAAUGCAGAGGUUUUUGAUGUGUUGUGUGUGAAUAUUGAGAAACAGCUGGGUAUGAUUCAGAAGGAUGAUUCAGGGAUGGCAAUUACAUUGAGGACGGAAGGGAAACGAAUGGAGGUGGAGGAUAGGGUGUUUAGGUUGGCGCAAAGAUGUGUCCAGAUUGUGCAUUUAGAUGCUAUGAAGGAAUUGUUGGACAAGAAUGAGCUGGAUGGGGUGGUUUCUCAUUUAAAGUAUCUUCAUUUGGAUUUUGGUGUGGAGGACAUGGACUACCGAAUGGUUUUGGAAGGUCUCCUCAGGAAGGUUUUGCCAAGAAGAGUUAACUAUGGAGAUUCCUGGUUCGCCGUGCGAGAUAAAUUGUUGUCAGUUUAUGGAGAAGCACUUUCUUCAUCUUGCAUCCGUCUUGUUCAGAUGAUUCAGGUUAUUCAAGAUGAGUUACUUUCUGAGGAAAUAGAGACAUUCAAAGCUUCUGAAAAUGGCAGGAUCCAUUUGCCCUUUCAUCGUCUUGAGAAUUUUAGUGCAGAAAUGACGCCUGAGACGACUUCAAACAUCAAAAGUGUUCAGUUGAAUAUUGCAACAUCAGCUUGCACGAGAGAUAUGUACCAUUAUGCUCGUGUUAGCGGCUUGCAUGUUCUUGAAUGCACCAUGGAUGCUGCUCUGACUGCUGUGCGGGAUGAACAACUUGAAGAAGCUAGCCAUAUUUUGUCACUUGCUCCGCGACUUCAACCCCUUGUUGCUGUCAUGGGCUGGGAUCUUUUGUCUGGCAAAACUGCAAUGAGAAGAAAAUUGAUGCAACUUUUGUGGACCACUAAAUCACAAGUUCUUCGCUUGGAGGAAUCCCCUUUAUAUGGUAAUAAGUCAGAUGAGGUUUCCUGUGUUGAACAGCUCUGUGAUACAUUAUGUUAUCAGCUUGACCUUGCUUCCUUUGUUGCUUGUGUCAAUUCUGGCCAAUCAUGGAGUCUGAAAUUGUCAAUACUCUUAUCUGGCAAGGACUCAAAAGAUGGUGGAGAUGAAGAUUUCCAGGGGGAUCCAUUUGUUGAGAAUUUUGUGCUGGAAAGAUUGUCUGUUCAGAGUCCACUUCGCGUACUGUUUGAUGUUGUUCCAAGUAUAAGAUUUCAGGAUGCCAUCGAAUUGAUAAGCAUGCAGCCAAUUACUUCUAGUCUUGCAGCCUGGAAGAGGAUGCAAGAUAUUGAACUUAUGCACAUGCGAUAUGCUUUGGAAUCUGCGAUUUUUGCAUUAGGAUCGAUGGAGAAGUGUAUAGCCGCUGGGCCAGGAGAAAAUGAGAUGACUAUGGGCUAUUUGAGAGACCUGAAGAGCCAUAUGGAUGCCAUCCAUAACAAUACUCGCAAGAUACUGAUGGUCAAUAUCAUCAUCUCGCUAAUUCACAUGGAUGAUCUCUGUCUUGAUCUGACACCUGCUGUAUCUCACAGCUCUUCUGGAGUGGUCAGUGUUCCUGUGGGCGAACAAGAUGCUGCCAUUCAUGAAGGGGGAAAUAAGAUGGUUGUAUUAUUUACAGGACAGUUUCUUGAUAUUUUGCGCCAGAAUCUACCAUCAUCAGUAUUGGAUUCAGAUGAUAAAGUGGACCCUGAUAUACCUACUGGUGGAAAGCAAGCUUUAGAAUGGAGAAUCUCAAAGGCAAAGAACUUCAUGGAUGAUUGGGAGUGGCGUUUGUCAAUUUUACAACGCCUUUUACCAUUAUCUGACCGUCAGUGGAGAUGGAAGGAAGCUUUGACUGUAUUACGCGCUGCCCCUUCUAAGUUGCUAAAUCUCUGCAUGCAAAAGGCGAAGUAUGACAUUGGAGAAGAGGCAGUUCAUCGUUUCUCUUUACCGCCAGAAGACAAGGCUACUCUUGAGUUAGCUGAAUGGGUGGAUGCCGCCAUUAAGAAAGCAUAUGUAGAGGAUGCAGUCUCACGUGCUGCAGAUGGAACAGCUAUCCAGGAGUUGGAUUUUUCGUCCCUGUGCUCCCAACUGGGUGCUGUAGCAGCUAUCCUCCUGUGCAUUGAUGUAGCUGCAUCGUCUGCAACAUUGACAAGCUUAUCUUUGAAGCUUUUAGACCAGGCUCAAAUUAUGCUUUCUGAGAUCUAUCCUGGAGGUUCUCCAAGGGUUGGGUCAACGUACUGGGAUCAGAUUCAUGAAAUGGCAAUAAUUUCUGUAACAAAGCGAGUCCUAAGAUGUCUAAUUGAGUUAUUGGAACAGGAAAAAUAUCCGGCUCUUCAGGCCAUUUUAACGGGGGAGAUAAUUCCCUUAGUCCCGAAGGAGUUUCAAAGACAAGGACAUAGGGAACGUGCUCUUGUUAUGUUGCAUCAGAUGAUUGAAGAUGCACACAAGGGAAAACGACAAUUUCUUAGUGGCAAGCUUCAUAAUCUGGCUAGAGCUGUUGCUGAUGAAGAGACGGAAAGGGAUUUUGUUACUGGAGAAAGUCCAAAUACUGAGAAGAAACAGGGUUUUCAGUAUGGGCCAGAUGUUGCUCUUGGGCUGGGGUUGAGAACAUCGAAACAGUUACCUUCAGUUUCACCUACUGGUGAUAGCAGCGUACUUCUCAACAGCUAUGAUGUCAAAGAAACAGAAAAGAGAUUAUUUGGAUCAUUGAGCUCCAAACCUACAACGUAUCUUUCACAGUUUAUUCUCCAUAUUGCUGCAAUAGGGGAUAUUGUUGAUGGGACUGACACAACUCAUGACUUCAACUAUUUCUCUGUCAUUUAUGAAUGGCCUAGAGAUCUUUUAACUCGAUUGGUCUUUGAGCGGGGCAACACAGAUGCAGCUGGAAAAGUAGCAGAAAUUAUGGAUGCUGACUUUGUUCAUGAAGUAAUUUCUGCUUGUGUUCCUCCUGUUUAUCCUCCAAGAUCUGGUCAUGGUUGGGCGUGUAUUCCAGUUGUUCCUACAUUUUCCAGGAGUUAUCCAGAAAGUAAAAUCCUUUCACCUUCUUCUAGAGAUGCAAAACCAGGUUCUUAUAGCCGUUCCUCGGGCACUCCAGGAAUACCUCUGUACCCUCUCCAGCUGGAUAUAGUCAAGCAUCUCGUUAAACUGUCCCCUGUUCGGGCUAUCUUAGCAAGUGUGUUUGGAAGUUCUAUACUGUACAGUGGAAGUGACCCCACUGUAUCUAAUUCCUUAAAUGAUGACUUACUAACUACACCUGAGACAGAUAGGCUGUUUUAUGAAUUUGCUCUUGAUCAUUCUGAGAGGUUUCCAACUUUAAACCGUUGGAUUCAAAUGCAAACCAACCUUCACCGGGUGUCCGAGUUUGCAGUAAUGUCUGAUCAGACAACUAGCAAGAAUGUGGAUAAACUUGAGUCAAAAACUGCUAUUAAACGAUAUCGGGAACAUGACAGCGAUACUGAAUCUGAAGUUGAUGAAAUUUCUGUUGGAAAAAAUAUUCCAGUUGCAUUACCAGAGCACAAGGAUCAAAUUUCUGUGGCUUCUGAUCCCUGGCAUGAUUCUCCAAAAUCCAGAACUGCUGAACAUGAUACUACAGUUUUUCUUUCCUUUGACUGGGAGAAUGAAGGACCCUAUGAGAGAGCUGUUGAACGAUUGAUUGAUGAAGGGAAAUUGAUGGAUGCUCUUGCUCUUUCUGAUCGCUUCUUGCGCAAUGGUGCCUCAGACCGGCUACUUCAGCUGCUAAUUGAAUGUGGCGAGGAUGCUAACCUAAUGUCUGAGCAAUCUCAAGGUUACUCAAGCCACCGGAUGUGGAGUAACAGUUGGCAAUAUUGCCUCAGGAUGAAGGAUAAGCAUCUAGCAGCAAUACUUGCCCUCAAAUAUUUGCGCAGAUGGGAGCUGGAUGCUGCAUUGGAUGUUCUCACCAUGUGCAACUGUCAUUUGCUAGACAGUGAUCCUGUUAAAAAGGAGGUUGUUCAAAUGAGAGGAGCUCUUCUGAGGUACAAUCGCAUACUUUGUGCCGAUGAUCACUAUAGCAGCUGGCAAGAGGUUGAGGCAGUGUGUAAGGAAGAUCCUGAAGGUCUUGCUCUUAGGCUAGCCGAGAAAGGAGCUGUAUCUCCUGCUUUAGAAGUGGCUGAAAGUGCAGCCCUUUCCAUUGAACUCCGGAGAGAAUUGCAGGGUCGUCAACUUGUGAAGCUUCUCACUGCAGAUCCUUUAAAUGGUGGAGGUCCAGCAGAAGCUUCUCGUUUCCUUUCUUCCCUACGUGACACUGAUGAUGCUCUUCCUGUUGCGAUGAGUGCAAUGCAGCUAUUGCCUAACCUUCGAUCAAAGCAGCUUCUUGUUCACUUUUUCCUGAAAAGAAGAGACAGCAACUUGUCAGAAGCUGAGGUUUCCCGGCUUAACUUAUGGGCAUUAGGGCUUCGUGUCUUGGCUGCCCUGCCAUUACCAUGGCAGCAACGAUGCUCUUCCCUGCAUGAGCACCCACAUCUUAUUCUGGAGGUUUUGCUGAUGAGGAAGCAACUGCAAUCUGCUUCGCUGAUACUCAAGGAGUUCCCUUCAUUGAGAGACAACAGUGUAGUCCUUGUAUAUGCUGCGAAAGCUAUUGCUGUUAGUAUCAGUUCUCCUUUCAGGGAGCAUAGAAUUUCAGUUUCAGGUCCAAGAGCAAAACAAAAGACGAGAACAGGGACGCCUACUCGGUCAUCCUUUACUAGCAGCCUAAGCAACUUUCAGAAAGAGGCUCGCAGAGCAUUUUCUUGGACCCCACGCCAUACUGGCGAUAAAACAGCUCCAAAGGACAGUCAUAGGAAGAGGAAGAUAUCUGGAUUAACACAUUCAGAAAGGGUAACAUGGGAAGCAAUGGCUGGCAUACAAGAAGAACGUGUAUCAUUAUACUCAGAUGGGCAAGAGAGGCUUUCUUCUGUUUCCAUCGCUGAGGAGUGGAUGCUGACAGGUGAUCCUAUUAAGGAUAAAGCUGUUCGUUUUUCCCAUCAUUACGAAAGUGCGCCUGAUAUCACUCUCUUUAAGGCAUUACUAUCAUUGUGUUCAGAUGAGAGUGUAGCAGGCAAAGGUGCUUUAGACUUGUGCAUUAAUCAAAUGCGGAAUGUGUUAAGCUCCCACCAGUUGCCUGAGAAUGCAUCUAUGGAAACUAUUGGCAGGGCAUAUCAUGCCACAGAAACAUUUGUGCAGGGUCUACUUUUUGCUAAAUCCCAGCUAAGAAAGCUCUCUGGGGGAGUUGACUUAUCGAGUAACUCAGAAAGAGUUAAGGAUACAGAUGAUGCAUCCUCAGAUGCUGGCAGCUCCAGUGUGGGUAGUCAGUCUACAGAUGAGCUGUCUGAAGUACUGAUGCAAGUAGAAACUUGGCUGGGACGUGCUGAAUUGCUUCAAAGCCUUUUGGGAUCUGGCAUAGCAGCCUCGCUUGAUGAUAUUGCUGAUAAAGAGUCUUCAUCACGUCUUAGGGAUCGACUCAUCACGGAGGAACGAUACAGCAUGGCAGUCUAUACUUGCAAGAAGUGCAAAAUUGAUGCUUUCCCAGUCUGGAAUUCCUGGGGCCAUGCUCUAAUCCGCAUGGAGCAUUAUGCCCAAGCCCGUGUGAAAUAUAAGCAAGCUCUUGCACUGCAUAAGGGUGAUCCUGCAGCUGUGGUUCUGGAGAUCAUUAACACAAUUGAAGGAGGUCCACCGGUUGACGUUUCAUCUGUUCGGUCAAUGUAUGAACAUUUGGCACGAAGUGCACCAGCGAUCUUAGAUGAUUCUCUUUCAGCUGAUUCCUAUCUCAAUGUCUUGUACAUGCCAUCAACAUUUCCACGUUCAGAGAGAUCUAGGCGAUCACAAGAAGCUGCAAAUGAUAGUUCAACAAACAACUUGGACCUUGAAGAUGGGCCUCGUAGUAAUCUUGACAGUAUUAGAUACCUUGAAUGUGUUAACUACUUGCAGGAAUAUGGCCACCAACAUUUGCUUGGUUUCAUGUUUAAGCAUGGCCAUUACAAGGAUGCUUGCUGCUUGUUUUUCCCUUUGAAUUCUGUUCCUUCACCACCACAGCCAUCCUCACUUGGAAUUGUUACAUCUUCUUCUUCCCCUCAAAGACCAGAUGUUUUGGCCACUGAUUAUGGGACCCUUGAUGAUUUAUGUGGUUUUUGCAUUGGAUUUAAUGCCAUGCCUGUUUUGGAGGAAAUAAUAUCGACGAGAGUUUCUACUGCUGCAUCACAAGAUGACUCAGUGAAACAGCACACUGCUGCAGCACUUGCCCGUAUUUGUCUUUACUGUGAAACUCAUAAACAUUUUAAUUAUCUUUACAAGUUUCAGGUGAUCAAGAAGGAUCAUGUGGCUGCUGGUCUUUGUUGUAUUCAGUUGUUUAUGAACUCCUCCUCACAAGAGGAAGCUAUAAAGCACUUGGAACAUGCCAAGAUGCACUUUGAUGAAGGGUUAUCAGCUAGAUACAAAUCAGUUGAUUCUACUAAAGUUGUUACCAAGGGGAUUCGAGGCAAAACUGCUUCUGAGAAGCUCUCUGAAGAGGGGCUUGUCAAGUUUUCUGCUCGGGUUGCAAUUCAGGUCGAUGUAGUCAGAUGCUUCAAUGCAGAGGGACCGCAAUGGAAGUACUCUCUUUUCGGGAAUCCAAAUGAUACCGAAACUUUUAGGAGAAGGUCUGAAAUUGCAGAGUCUCUGGCUGAGAAGAAUUUUGACUUGGCUUUUCAGGUGAUUUAUGAGGUUAAUCUUCCAGCUGUGGACAUAUACGCUGCCGUUGCUGCUUCACUUGCAGAGAGGAAGAAGGGAGGUCAAUUAACGGAAUUCUUCAGAAACAUUAAAGGUACAAUAGAUGAUGACGAUUGGGAUCAGGUGUUAGGGGCUGCAAUAAAUGUGUACGCUAACAGACACAAAGAGCGUCCUGAUCGACUCAUUGACAUGUUGACUAGCAGCCACAGAAAGGUGCUAGCGUGCGUGGUUUGUGGUAGGCUUAAAAGUGCCUUCCAGAUUGCCUCUAAGAGCGGGAGUGUAGCAGAUGUUCAAUACGUAGCACAUCAGGCAUUACAUGCAAAUGCACUUCCUGUGCUUGAUAUGUGCAAGCAAUGGUUGGCUCGGUACAUGUGAUUGAAUACUUUUCAUGGUAAAAAGUUACAGGGGUAAAGUGCCAUCUGGUAUGCCACUCAGCAGGGUAGAGAUUGAGUUCAAUGAUAUUAAA